AUGAAUCUCCUCCGCAAGUUCAUCAAAGCGUCGCCCACCGACGAAAUCGCCAGCAUCCCCAUGGGCAAGUUCUUCUUGGCCCGUUCGCCGCAGCUGCCCAAGGGCGCCCUCGAGUGCCUCUACAACGACAGCGUGCUCUCCAUGAAGCGCACCACCAAGCCGUUCUGCUACCAGCUCUCCGCCACCAGGGCCUACCAGGAAGGCGAGGCCAGCUCCCAGUCCACGGACGGGUUCGAGGACGCCGACGACGACGACGCCGCGGACCAAGGCGCCCGCCACAGCGACGAGCGGCUGUUCUUCCUCUGCGCGGACUUGCACGUGCGGCUCGUGACCCGCAACGACGGCUCCCAGAUCGUCACGUGGCGCGACGUCAACGGCGACGACGGCGAGACCUGGGAGUUCGCCGUGGACCCGGACAUCCGGUACAGCGACGUGGACUCGUUCAUGCGUGCGUUGUACGCGUGUCUCUACGAGCAGAAGUACGGGCGGUCGCUGGCGGGGGUCCAGGACAAUGCGCUCGUGGCCGAGUUCGGCGCCGACGGCCCGCCGGAUCUGGAGCCGGAACCGGGCCUGGACCUGGAGCCGGAUCUGGGCCUGGAGCCGCAGCCGGAUCUGGGCCUGGAGCAGGCGUCCGCCCGGAUGUCGCGCCCCGUGGGCCCCGUGGACGACGCCCGGCGUGGCCCGCCCAAACAGGAGCCCGUGUCCGACGACGACUCCUACGGCGACGCGUCCAGCCUCCCGCUCUUCAUUUUCAAGGACGCCGUGGCCGUCGCGGGCCCCGAGGUGGCGGCCUUCAAGGCGCAGCUCCGCAUCUACGACGCCACGGCCGACGUGUUCCUGUUGGUGGCGCCCAGCAUCGACAUCCGGCUCGUGGAGGCCACGCCCUGCUGCUUGGUGUCCACCACGCGCAGGUUUGCGUUCUGCGUGCGCGUGGCGCAGGAAAUGAACCCGGUGUUCAACGGCGACAACGCGGCGUUCGUCUUCAACCUCUACUCCCUGGACCAGGACGGCCGGGGCGCGUCGUUCCUGGUGCUCCUCCAGUUCCGCAGCGCCGACGACUUCCGCUGCUUCGGCCGCCAUUUCCAGGACGCCAUGAGCCGCAGCUUGAACGCCAAGCCUGCCGGCGGCGCCGCGGACACGGCGUACUUGGCCAGCAUGGUGCAGAACAUGGACUUGGGCGGCUCCAGCGACGACAACAACGACGACGACAACGACGACAACAACGACAACAACGACGACGGAGAGGCCAUCGAGAGGCGCAUCGACAAGAUCAUCCGCGGCCAGGUGCUCUCCAAGCACUCGCGGCGAUCCGGCUUGUUCGUGGCCUCCGAUAGCGACGACGACGACGACCCGGUGGCGAGGAACGCGCACAACUUCUUGGCCUUAAAGGACCCCAACUCCGGCUUGUCGCUCGGAAACGCCAACGACCGCUCCUACGUCACCAAGGGCGACAACGUGGGCGUGUUCAAGUACACCGACGACGGCAUGGGCUUUGUCUCCACCAUCCGCUCCCUCAAGGAUGCCGACGGCCGCAAGUUUGUCCCCCGCCUGAGCAUGCUCCACCAGCGAGACAAUUGUUUAUUGAUGACUAGGGAUGCGCCCGCGGACUGCACCAUCUACAAGAUGGACCUCGCCCGCGGCGAGAUCUGCGAGUCCUGGGACGUGGCGGACAAGGGCCUGUUCGAGGCCUUUGCGCCCGUCUCCAAGUUCGCGCCUCUCACGGACGAGCAGAAGCUCUUGGGCGUGUCGGCCAACGCGCUUUUCCACAUCGACCCCCGCUUGAGCGGCAGCAAGAUCGCGUCCGGCAGCUCUUACAAGUCCUACAAGACCAAGGUGGCGUUCGAGAACCUAGCCGUCACGGACAAAGGGUAUGUUGCCGUUGGUCUGAGAGACGGGUCCAUCCGCCUUUACAGCGAGCUCGGCAAGAAGGCCACCGUCACGCUCCCUUCCAUCGGCGAGAGUUUCGAAGGCUUGGACGUCACGAAGGACGGGCGCUGGUUGCUUGCCACAUGCCUGAACCUGUUGCUUCUCAUUGACACCCAGAUUGGCGCCGGGCAGAAGAACUCCGGGGAGAUCGGGUUCCGCAAGUACUUCGACGCAGACAAGAAGCCCAUGCCCAGGAGGUUGGGUCUCCGGCCCGAACAUGUUUCUCUCAUCACCCAGGCCACCGGAGCCCCCAAGAUCCAGUUUACCCGCGCAGUCUUCAACACGUCGCUCGCCAAUGACGAGACACUCAUCGUCACCUCCACCGGCCCCUUUGUUGUGCUGUGGUCUUUGAAGGAUGCCAUCAAGGACAAGGCGAAGCCGGCACUGUACAAGAUCAUCCGACACAGCGAGAAUGUCAUGAACAAAAACUUCUCGUUCUCGUCUCCCAACGAUAUCCACGCGGCCUUGCAGAACGACGUGGUUUCCACCAACAGAAACGCCCUCAAGGUGGCGAAUAAGACUUCGAUCAUGGAGGGCGCCGGAAGACGCUAG